UAUAUACUACCACCGGCCGGGUCACACUCCAGCACAUCGUCCCGUCUCGUCUCUUGUUUCCCCCGACCCCUGUUGGCACUCUCUGUGUUUUCUUUUCCUUGGCCUGUAUAAACAUCUUCGUCACUCCUUACUUGAGGGCCUGGCUUCCGACGACGACACCUCACCUCACCUCACCUCUCUUGUUCCUUUCACGCAGACCUUUGACAGGCAAGGCGCAAUCUACACCCUCAACCUCUCUCUCAACCGUAGACUCGGUUGCCCCCCCCUUCACGAAAACCUCACGAAACCUUUUCCACCUCCCCAACCACCAAAAAAAACAUGCAGCUGGCAUCUGUCUUCCUCGCGGCCCUGGUGCCCUCGGUGGCCCUGGCCGCCACGGCCUACACGCCGCCUGCGUCGCUCGCUGCCGCGGCCAAGGACCCCGGCAACGACUGCUCGCUGCCCGUCUCGUACCACGUCCUCAACUUCGUCGGCAAGAAGAAUUCCUCAGCCACGGACCUGAGCUCGUACAGCUUCAAGUACCGCAACACCAACAGCAACCUGACGACCGAGUGCGCGUGGGACACCACCUCCAAGUCGACGACGCCCGACAGCCUCACCCCGCGCUUCGCCUGCGCCGACCGCAACGUCAAGUUCAUCUGGCAGGGAGAGCAGAAGCGCCUGACCCUCAUUGAGCGCGUCUGCCCCAACACCCGAGGUGUCCCCUCGUACGAAGUCUCCGGCAGCGCAGACAUCCCCCUGCAUUGCGGCGGCACGGGCGCCUGCGCCUCCAACCAGACGGAUACGCUCGCCCUCUUCACGAGCAUCAACCCAGUCCGGGAUCCCACUCACCGCCGCAGCAACGUCGUCCGCAACAAGAAGACCCGGGGUGUCGCCUGGUCCUUCGGCGCUUGAGCGCGCGGGUGCGCGGCUGAUCAUGAGCGGUCUCAGUUCCCCCCCGAUGCUGCGAGAUGUUUUUUAAUUUUGAGUUGAGGCCGGCACUAAAAGGAGGGAGACAACAUCACAAGCGAGGGGCCGGGACAGAUGGUGUAAAUAUGGUGCGAACUUCGAAGGAUGUGUGCGCAUGGCGAUGCGGUCCCAGAGGCCGCAUCCAGGACGCCCGCCAUCAUGUUUCUCUUCAUGCUCUAUAGACAGGUUCUUGGACUGCCCCGCCUUUUUUGGCUUCUUCCUUACCUUAGGUACGAAGCGCAUAUCAAUGAUAUCCCACGCUCGUUUUGGCG